AUAAUAAAAGCCGCUGAGAGGAUCACCGGGUCUCCCUCCCCCCAUCGGGAUUUACCCGGACCUCUGUAGACGAAGGGCCCGUAACAUUGUUGAGGAUCCCUACCACCCAUCCUACAAUCUCUUUGACCUACUGCCAUCAGGGAGGAGGUACAGGAACAUCAGGACUUGGACUGUCAGACUGGGUACUCCAUACUUCAACUGAACUGAAACAUUGAUCACAUAUGACCAAAACAAGUUGAACGGGGCACGACUGCAAGCACAUGAAAGUCGGACAGUGAGGCAGCAGGAGUGUUUAGCAGCGAGAAGAUUAACGGAGUGAGCGACGGAGUAGAGGGAGACAGAGUAGGAAAGCUUUGGCUCGAGAGGCUUCGGCGAGCAGAGGCUGAGGAAGAGUUUCACUCCACGUGAGCUGGAUGGCAUCUACACAAAUGCAAGAUCUGAGUGCAAAGACUGAAGCACCAUCAACCAAAAGACACAGAAAACUUUUGCCCAGUCUGAAGACAAAAAGAGCUCAAGAGUUGGUCCUUGUAAUUGGAACUGGAGUCAGUGCUGCUGUAGCUCCACAGGUCCCUGCUCUAAAAUCCUGGAAAGGACUAAUCCAGGCCCUGCUGGAUGCUGCAAAUGAUUUUGACCUCUUAGAAGAUGAAGAGAACAGAAGAUUUGAAAAAUCACUCGGUGAAGAUAAGAACCUUGUGCAUGUUGCGCAUGAUUUGAUACAGAAACUCUCACCACGCACCAGUAAUGUUCGUUCAAGUUUCUUCAAGGACUGUUUGUAUGAAGUUUUUGAUAACCUUGAAUGCAAGAUGGAUGAUGUUGGAAAGCACCUCUUAAAAUCUGUUUUGAAACUGAUGGAGAACGGAUCCUUGGUCUUAACUACUAACUUUGACAAUCUUGUGGAAAUUUAUGGGUCUCACCAAGGAACCAAACUGGAGUCAUUAGACCUCACAGAUGAAAAGAAGGUAUUAGAAUGGGCACAGGAAAAACGAAAGAUGUGUGUUUUACAUAUUCAUGGUGUUUAUACUAAUCCCAGUGGGAUUGUUCUACAUCCUUUGGGUUACCAGAACGUGUUGCGUAAUACCGAAGUAAUGAAAGAAAUUCAGAAGCUGUAUGAAAAUAAAGCCUUUGUCUUCCUUGGCUGUGGACGAACGGUUGAGGACACAACAUUCCAGUCACUCUUUCUAGAAGCAGUAAGAAAUAAGUCAGAUCUGGAGCACUUCAUGCUGGUGUGCAGAGAUAAUGCGGAUGAGUUUAAAAAGCUUCGUGAAAAUAUGCUAGACAAAGGUAUUAAGGUGAUCUCUUACGGGGAUAACUACUGUGAUCUCCCAGAAUACUUUGAACGGCUGGCUAAUGUCAUCUGUCAUAGUGGAAAUCAAGGCCAAAGCAUGGAAACAGGUGACGAAAUAAAACUGGGGAAAUAAGCUUUUGCUUAGCUUUAUAAUAUAGUUGAAGCACAACGCAGUAACUGACAACCCGGAGGUCAACACUUGUUCUUACAACUAAAAUGGAAAAUGUAUGGUUCACAAUGUUCCACUUUGGAACUGCACUAAACCACUCAAUUUGACUAACACAAAUUUCGAUUUGAAUUUAUUUUUCACUCAGUAAGUUGGAUUUUUUGGAUGGCAUCAAUGAGUUCUACCAGCUGAGACAACUCCUGCAAUUCUACUGUUCAUUUUGAUGUAGCAAUUUUGUACUGUAAGUGACUUCUGUACAGAAUAUUUUAAUAAAAAUCAA